AUGGACAAGAAGGCAUCUAGGGUAUUUGAUGGCACAACUAUGAGCUGAAUGUGGAGUUUAGUGUCUGUAUUUCUUUGCAGUCUUACUUGCAGGGAUCAGGUGAAGCAGAUGCAUCCUGGGAAAGGAGACAUUUUGAUUGACCAGUAAGAGGAUAGAAUGACACAUGGAGAGAUAGCAUGUGAUAUGUUACCUCUAGCCCAACAGAUCCUAAAAGCUGCCCACAUAGCACAUAUCAAUAUCAGUGUCCAAAGUCUUGUUUUGAUCAUUGGAAACACAAGACAUUGAACUAGGAUGUCCCCAGAGAGAGCUGCAGGGUCAGAUGAGUUUCGCUUAGAUUGGGCCUUCAGAUCAAUCUCUGCUUGGUGGAGGCAGAGGGUAGGGCAUUCAUAGAGAGGAGGAUAGUUUAUUCCACAAUGAUUAACUUGAGGAGGGCACCGUGGCAUCCAAUGACAUGCUGAUGUGAUAAGCAGCCUGUUGACAGCAUAUAAUGACUGGAGAAACUAGUGCAGGAGGCACAACCCAGUGUGGACAGUGCGGUGCUGUUGGCUUCUUCUGUAAUGGUGCUGGGAGUGUGGAUUCCCCUGCAGCGGCUGGCGGGGCUGCUGCUCCUGCUGUGUGUGCUGCCCUGGGCUGAGGGCGGCAAGGUGCUGGUGGUGCCCAUGGAGGGAAGCCACUGGCUCAGCCUGCGGGAGGUUGUGCGGGAGCUCCACGCCCGAGGACACCAAGCCUUGGUCCUAGGUCCCGAGGUGACCAUGCACAUCAAAGGAGAGGACUUUUUCACCCUGCAAACCUACGCCACCCCUUACAGCAAGGAAGAAUUUGACCACCUGAUGCAGCACAACAGUCAAAUGAUCUUUAAACCACAGCAUUCUCUGCAGAUAUUUUUGGAAACUAUUGCAAGCGUGAAAAAUGCCUCUAUGAUGUAUUUCAGGACUUGCUGGGAGCUACUGCACAACAAACCCUUGAUCAGGCACUUGAAUGAGAGUUCCUUCGAUGUGGUCUUAACUGACCCGGUUUUCCCCUGUGGGGCACUGCUGGCUAAGUAUCUGUCAGUUCCUGCUGUGUUUUUUCUGCGUUUUGUCCCUUGUGACUUGGACUUUGAGGGCACACAGUGCCCGAACCCUUCCUCAUAUAUUCCCAGGAUGCUAACAAUGAAUUCAGACCACAUGAGCUUCCUGCAAAGAGUCAAGAACAUGCUCUACCCUCUGCCCCUGAAGUACAUUUGCCACAUUUCUUAUGAUCUGUAUGCGAGCCUGGCAUCUGAGCUUUUUCAGAGAGAAGUGUCGUUGGUGGAUAUUCUCAGCCAUGCGUCCGUGUGGCUGUUCCGAGGAGACUUUGUGCUGGACUACCCCAGGCCCAUCAUGCCCAACAUGGUGUUCAUUGGGGGCAUCAACUGUGCCAGCAGGAAGCCUCUCUCUCAGGUCUGCAUUGCUGCCUUCAUAUCAAUGUGCAGAACAUUUUAAAAGAAAACUUGGUGGUGAAUGUUUACUUAUCUCCCCAUGUUUCCAAAUGCCUCUACCUCUCAUUGUCCUGACAGUCUUCAGCGAUGGAUCAUAGUGUUGUAGCUAAGGGUUUCAGUGGUCCUUGACAGGAAUGGGAAGCUGGGAAGAGGGUGGGUAAUAGGAUUGACAAGCAAUGGUGUUACUCCACCAAGACUGUCCAUUUGCCAAGGCACCAUCUUUCUGGUAGCGUGAUAUCCUUUGCCUGUGCUGGAGAGGAGAAACUGAGUUGUGAACUGAUCCCUAAGAGUAUCUUGCUUGUAGAUUUUCAGUACAAAGCUGUAUUAGCUUUUUGUUACUAUAAUGAAACACUUGACACAGGCAACUUACAAAACAGAGUGGGUUUUCAGCUUACAGUCAGGGUAGAUUCAAGUCCAAGAUCAGGUGAGCCCAUGGGUUUGAUCUCUGAUGAAGUGAGCAAAAGGCAAUGGUGUGAACACUUGUUAGAAUGAGUUGUCAUGUCUCAAGCCAGAAACAGAAUGAUUGAUAGACAGAGAGAGAGCGAGAGUGAAAGCGAGAGAGACAGACAGACAUAGAGAUGGAGAGAGAUUAAGAUGGAGGGAUACCAAGCUCAGGUAUAAUGGCAAUCCUUGUGUGAUACCUGUCAAGGAGCCUCAUGAGAGCUACCUUCUGAGGGCAUGUUAUCAACUAUCUAAGGACAUCCUUCUAGCCCCCCACUUCCUAAUUAUUCUACCACCUCUCAAUAGCUCCACUCCAGAGACCAAGCAUUUAAUACAUGAGCCUUGGGGGGACCAUACCAAAGGAUAAAUGAAUUAGCAAAUUGCAAUUGUGGACAUAGCAGUUUUUAGUGGCCUUGUCUUGGAAGGGAUUUAGAUGCGAUCAAAGGUGACCUAAGCUCUCAGAGGAAGUGAAAGUUCAAAGAGGCCAGUAGGCUAAGAGGAAGCUGGAUGCCGAAGGUGUGAUCUCUGCGAUUAGAGAAUGGCACCAUCGAGUCCUACUCUCCAGAGCUGGAGCAGUGCUGAAGGGAGACUCUCUGUCCAGGAGUUGGUGUGCAGUGGCGAGGUGAGGACAUUUCCUGAGUUGGGAGACAUUAUCCUGGCUGCAUGUCAAGUGGGUUCUACUUGGGACACUGACAUGAUCAAGGAAUGGUGGAAGGGGCUAGGAAGGAGACAAAACUGUGAGCCUAGGAAUCCAUUAAAGGUGCGGUCAGUGUUGAGGAGACAUGAGUGUGAAGAAGGAAGGGUUUUAGGGAGAGGCUGACCACACCAGCAACCCCCAUCACCUUACGCUGUGCCUCCCAAGCGUGAUCUUCUGUACCAAGAGUUCCAGCAGCCUUGACCCUGAACAUUUGAGUUUAAUUGAAAGGGGACCCUUGAAAGCUGGAGCACAUUUCUUAAUAUAUUGGGAAACUACCUUUUUAGGGGAAGGAGAGUCUUCCCAUUUAUGGCAUAUUCACUUCAUUUGUAUCAACUUCCAUGAAUUCAGCUAUUGUAUUGGUUUUAUAUUCUUCUGAACUUUUUUUAGAUUUAUUUUUAUUUAUUUGAAAGAGUUACAGAGAGAGAGAGAAAGGUCUUCCAUCCACUGGUUCACUCCCCAAAUGACCACAACGACCAGAGCUGAGCUGAUCCGAAGGCAGGAACCAGGAGCUUCUUCCUGGUCUCCCACAUGGGUGUAGGGGUCCAAGGACCUGGGCCAUCUUCUACUGCUUUCUUAGGCCAUAGCAGAGGGCUGGAUUGGAAGAGGAGCAGCUGGGACUCGAACCAGUGCCCAUAUGGGAUGCCAAUACUGCAGGCCGGGGCUUUAACUCACUGUACCACAGUACCGGCCCCUCUUCUGUACCUUUUAAAAAAGAUUUAUCUAUUCAUUUAUUUAUUAAUUUAUUAUUUAUUUGAAAGGCAGAGUAAGGUGGGGGGGAGAGAGAGAGAGACAGAAACAGAGAGAUCUUCCCAUCUGCUGGUUCACUCCCCAAGUGGCCACAAUGGCUGGAGUUGGGCUGAUCCAAAGACAGGAGCCAGGAGCUUCUGGGUCUUCUACGUGGGUGCAGGGCCCAGGCACGUGGCCCAUCCUCUGCUGCCUUCCCAGAUGCAUUAGCAGGGAGCUGGAUUGGAAGUGGAACAGCCAGGACUUGAACCAAUGCCCAUAUAGGAUAUUGGCACCAGAGAUGGCCACGUUACCCACUAUGCCAUAGCACCAGCCCUCUUGUAUACUUCUUAAUAAUACAGCUGUCAUUACAAAGGACUCUAAGUCUCAUUCUUGGUUUUCUCAGAGCAAUGCAGUCAUUCUGUUAUGGCUAUGCAUGUCUUUAUUAUGUCUCUAAAAUUUUGAAAAGGAAGAAAGGAUUUACAAGGUAACUAUUUUUAAAGCUUCACUGUAUGGUUAUAUUCUGUAGAGACGGCGAGAUGGCUGUGUUGUCUCAAAGCCUCACUCCCAUUUUUUCUAGCUAGAUGACCAUGGGCAAGUGACUAACCAUUCUGGAUUUGAUGAUGUCAUAAUGAGUAUCCACUAAGUAUGAGCUUUUAUCGUUAUUAUUAGUACUGCCUAAAAGUUGCCAGCAGGACAAGGUGUGUGCAUGACCCAAAGACCUAUGUUAGUUCCACCUUAUCUGCUGCAUGAAAGAUCAUUUACUCUGAAAUCUUUACCAUGUAUAAGUGAUAGGCAUGCCAUAAGCAUUUUUGUCUUAUUAAAUUAUUUUAUAGUUUUUAUUUGACCCUUAAUUAUUAUACACAUAACAGCAUGGAUGUUUUGAUAUUUAUAUAUAUAAUAUAUAUGUAUAAAUAUAUAGUGUCAAAUCAAGGUAAGCAUAUCUCCUCAACCAUUUAUCAUUUCUUUAUGAUGAGAACAUGCUAGAUCUUUUCUUCUAGGUCUUUUGAGGUAUAUAAAACAUCAUCCUUAUCAACAAUCACCCAAGUGUGCAACAGAACUCCAGAACGUAUUUCCCCUUUGAACAUGUAAUUUAUUGUCUGCCUACCAGCGCUUUCCUCCUGUCCUCUCCCUUUUGUCCCGACCUCCAGGCAACCACCAUUCUACUCUGAAUUUCUAUAAGAUGAAUUCUUUUAGAUUCCUGUAUUAAUGAGAUCAUGUGGCAUUUGUCAUUCUGCGUCUGCCUUAAUUUGCUUAAUGUAGUGCCCUUGUGUUGCGUCAAUGUUGUAAACCACAGCAUUUGACUGAAUAGUGUUGUUUUGUGGAUGCCAACCACCUUGAAACAAAUCUGUUCAUCAGUUGAUGGACAGUUAGGUUGAUUCCUUUCCUAGUCUCUUGUGGAUAAAUAGUCCUACAGUAAACACAGGAGUGAAGAUGUCUCUUUAAUAUCCUAUUUUCCUUUCCUUUGGAUAUACACCCAGUAGUGAGAGUGCCAGAUCUUUUUUUUUUUUUUUUUUUUACAUUUUAGGCUUUUAUUUAGUAUGAAAGAUGCAUAGGAGAGGCCAUAUCUUUUGGUAGUCCUUUUAAAAUUUUUUUUGAGGAGGGGCUGGUGCUGUGGCACAGUGGACUAAAGCCCUGGCCGGAAGCACCAGCAUCCCAUAUGGGCACCGGUUCGAGUCCCAGCUGCUCCACUUCAAAUCCAGCUCUCUGCUAUGGCCUGGGAAAGCAGUAGAAAAUGGCUCAGGUCCUUGGGCCCCUGCACUCACGCAGGAGACCUGGAAGAAGCUCCUGGCUCCUGGCUUCGGAUUGGCGCAGCUCCAGCCAUUGUGGCCAACUGGGGAGUGAACCAUCAGAUGGAAGACCACCCUCCUACACUUUCUCUGCCUCUCCUCUCUCUGUGUAACUCUGACUUUUGAAUAAAAUAAAUAUUUUUAAAAAUUUUUUGAAGAAGCUCCACAUUGUUUUCUGUAAUGGUUGUGCUAGUUUACAUUGCUACAAUUAGUGUUUCUUCUUCUUUGUAUUCCUGACAUUGUUGUCUUUUGUCUUUUUAUAACAGCCAUUCUAACUGGGGUGAGGUGAUGUAGCAUGAUUUCGAUUUGCAUUUCUCCAGUGUAGAAAUGUUGAGCAUUUUUUCAUUUACAUCAUAAUAUUUUGUAUGUCUUCUUUUGAGAAAUGUCUACUUGGUUCUAUUGCCAAUAUUUCAAUCCAAUUAUUUGGACUUUCAUUAUGAGUUCCUUGAAUUCUGUAUAUAUUCUGGAUGUUAACACUUCAUCAGACAUACAGUUUGCAAACAUUUUUCUCCUUUAGAUUGUCUACAGGUCUUUAGAUCACCUCUUCAUUCUGUUGAUUGUUUCUUUUGCUAUACAGAGGUUUUGAGUUCAGUACUCUCCAUUUGGUCUAUCAUUGCUUUUGUUUCCGGUACUUUUGUAAUCUCAUCUAAAAAACUCUCAUCUUUGUCUUGUCAAAUGCUGUGUUUUCCCUAGAUUUUUUUCUAGUAAUUUCAGGUCUUAUUCUUAAAUCUUUAACCCAUUUUUAAUUCAUUCUUGUAUAUGGUGAGCAACAAGGGUCUACUCUAACUCUUCCGCAUGUUUAUACCCAGUUUCCCCAGCACCAUUUUUUGAAAAGACUGCCAUUUCCCCAGUGUAUAUUCUUAGCACCUUAGUAAAAAAUCAGUUGGCUUGAGGUUGGGUCAGGAGAGAGGAUCUGGGCAUUUGGCACAGUGACUCAAUUCACUGCUUGGGAUGACCACAUCCUAUACUGAGGUGCCUGGUUUGCGUCUUGCCGGCUCCACUUCUGAUCCAGCUUCCUGCUAACGUGCAUCUUGGGAGGCAGCAGGUGAUGGUCAGAUACUUGGGUCCUUGUCACUCACGUGGGAGGUCCAGAUGGAGCUUUGGCUCCUGGCUUCAACUUGGCCUUGCCUCCCAUGAACCAGUGGAUGCAGGAUCUCUGUCUCUUUCAAAUAACGUAAAAAUAAACAAAUAAAAUUCUAAAAUCAGUUGGCUGCAGAUGAAUGGAUUUAUUUCUAAGUUCUCUAUUCGGUUAAAUUGGGCUAUUUUGCUAUUUGCUAUUGCUAUUUGCUGUUUUCAUAGCAAUACCUCAGUUUUUUGAUUACUAUAAUUUUGUAGUAUAUUACAAAGUCAGGUAAGUGUAAUCCAUUAUGCUUCAUAUUUUUUCUCAAGACCACUUUAUAUAUGUAUAUAUAUAUUUACAUAUAUAUAUGUUAUUCCAUGUGAAUUUUACAAUUGUUUUCUUUUGGUUCUGUGAGGAAUGUCAUUAGCAUUUUGACAGAUUAUCUUGAAUCUGUAGGGUUCUUCGGGUAGUAUAGACAUUUUAACAAUAUUGAUUCUUCCAAUCCAUGAACACAGGAUAUCUUUCCAAUUUUUUGAGGACUCUUCAAUUUCUUUCCUCCAUAUUUUAUAGUUUCCUGUGUUCUUAAAACAGUUAUUUUGAAUUCUCUAAGAGAUCACACAUAGGCAUCACUUUAUGAUCAAUAUUUAGUGACUAAUUUUUUCUACUUUGUGACAUCAUGGUUCCCUGGACAUUCUUGAUGCUUAUUGAUGUAUGACAACCCCUGCACAUUGAAUAAUUAGAUAUCUAUUGCAGGCUGCACAGUAUGGCUUUGUGCCCAUCCUUCCAGAAAUUCUAAUCAGGCUAUUUGUUAUGUUAUCUGAACCUGUGUUCAUGACUGCUGUUUCAGCACUAGAUUGUAUCCUAAGAUCAGGUUUAUUACAAGUCUGUGAUUGGUGUGUUGUCAUUGUUUCAGCAUUAGAAGGCACCCAAAGCCCAUGUUUCCUGCAUACCUACAGUGGAUGUGUUGUUCAGAAUAGGCUUGUGGCAUGCAUAAGAGGGCAGUCAUCUCCUCUGGGUCCACAAGCAUCUACCCUCAUCCAUAAUCAAGGCCCUGUAGUUAGGAACCACAGGAUUCUACCAGCACUGGGCUUCACCACAGAAGAUCUAGCCUUGGGCUCCAGAGCAACAUUUUAUACCCAACUCUCUGUUCUUCCUCCAAGUGGACAAUGACUCUGUUCAUGUUGGACUUCCUUGGGUUGGUGGAGGGAUAGGAUAGGAAGUCUUGUGGCCACUGUGGCCAUCAAUAAUGAAUUAGGUCACUCACGAAUCCUACAACCUGCGUAGGUUGAGACCCACAUAAUACAGGGAAAUACAAGACCCAGACUACUGCUGUUCUGUCUGGUGCUGUGGACUAUUUGUGGCUUGAGACCACUGCAAUUGGUCGGGGGUGUUAUGGGCCAGAAAUACAUCUGUCCUACCAGGACCUUAGAUCUGUACCUGGUUUAGAGCAAGUCCAGAAGGUGCUUCCAUGGGCACUGGCCUGGGAUCAACGGCGGCUAUUGGGUUCUGCCUGGUGUUGGGCUUCACCAUGGUGGAACCAGCACUGAUAUCCAAAGUCAAGUCCUGUGCUUUCCUCCCUAUCCUCCCCUCCAGUGGAUGGAGUCUUUUUCUAUGCAGUGCUGAGAUGGGGGCAGGGAUGAUGGAGGCAGUGCCUUGACCACCAAGACUGAUGCUAACUUGGGUCACACUUGAAGCUCAUCAUCCCUGCCUGCAGAUGGAAUUUUUUUCCUUAACAUUUUUCAAGAUUUUAUGUCAUGACUGUGGGCACAUUUGUCUGAGAGGAGCUAAACCUUCAUUACCAGAAGCUGGAUAUAAUGUUAGGUAAUUUUAAGAUUUAUAUUUUGUCAUGAUGAAAAAAAUCCCAGUGAAACUUUUUUGGCCUUGAAUCAGUGCUAUGGCUGAAUUUGUGACAAAAUUAUGAAUGUUCUAAUGUUCAAUGUUUGUUUUGGGUCUCUUUGUCUAUUUCAGUCCAUAUUUACAAUUGGUUGCCAAGGCAGACUGUCUUCUGACUUGGUGUCUGAUGCCUGUGUGAGGUUAGGUUGUGAGCACAAGGUAGAUCCUCAUGAUGAGGAGAGAUGGAAAGUGGCUCUGGGACUUUAAGCUGGACAGCACCGGGUGCCUUUCCACAUCAUCUUAUCCCCCCCCACCCCGCACCCCCCCGGUGAACAAGUGAGGGAGGUGAUGAUAAUCUGCUGAGUACACGUAGAAUAACUUACUGGAGUAUGGCCAGGCUUGAGUGUGGGACCAAUGCAGUCCCAUAGGGCCCUGCCCCCACCAUAAUCCCACAGUGGGAUAUCCUUGAAAUAUGAACGCUGGACCCCAUGAGUUAUGUCAUCGUCCUGUUUGGGGGAACUCUGUUCUCAUCAGGACUUGUGGCUGGCAAUGGCUUUGGAGGAAAACCUGAAGACAGACUUCAGGAAGCAAUAAGACCAGAGUCACUGUAUACUUUGUUCACUAAACAGAGUACAGGAGACUGCUGAGACCACGCGAAAGAGAGGGGGAUCCAAGGCCCAGGCUGCUGCUCUCCGCCUGCUGCUGUAUUCCUUCCGUGGCCUGAGACCACCGUGGUUGUGCAGAGAUGACGUGGUUCACAAACAUUUCCAUCGCACCAGGCCCUUGGGUCUCCCUGGCUUCACGCUCAGGGGAAGAGAGAUGCAGAUGAGGCCAGGUCUGGUCAGAUUCUCUCUUCUGUCCGUGUGAGCAGCCAGAGGGAGCAGGUGCUGUCUGAAUGCAUUGCUUAGUCCUGUCUUGUUCAUGCGUCCUUUAGAUAAUGGCAACUUUUUCCUGUGGGGAGAUAUGGAGCCUUCAGAAUCCCUUCAGUAGAAUCAAAUCACCAGCCGGCGCCGCGGCUCACUAGGCUAAUCCUCCGCCUUGCGGCGCCGGCACACCGGGUUCUAGUCCCAGUCGGGGUGCCGGAUUCUGUCCCGGUUGCCCCUCUUCCAGGCCAGCUCUCUGCUGUGGUCAGGGAGUGCAGUGGAGGAUGGCCCAAGUGCUUGGGCCCUGCACCCCAUGGGAGACCAGGAGAAGUACCUGGCUCCUGGCUUUGGAUCAGCGCGGUGCGCUGGCCAUGGUGGCCAUUGGAGGGUGAACCAACAGAAAAGGAAGACCUUUCUCUCUGUCUCGCUCUCUCACUGUCCACUCUGCCUGUCAAAAAAAAAAAAAAAAAAGAUUCAAAUCACCAUAUCCUCAAGUUUGAAAGCUGAGAUUCAUUUGGUUUUCCCUCCAACAAGUCUCAUACUUGAAAGCUGCUUCCAAUCAAUCCCUUCCUGAUCAUUACAAGAGUUAUGCUGAUGCGGAAAAUGAACAAAACUGGAGAGCCAGUGACUUCACUCCCAU